AUGGACUCCCAAAUCUCGCAUAUCGACAUGGUAAACAUCACCAGACCGCAAUCCAAAGCUCCCAGCAUGGUCAACGAAGCUCCAGUUGCACCCCGGCCGCGGCUCCGGGUAAAGAAACAGCCGCCGCAGAAGAGCAUCAAUCAAUUCUGGGACAAGUUCACCACCAAACAUCCGGGCAAAGUGUUUACUGUCUUGCCGGACAACCUCUAUGCGAAGCGCGCCGCGGCGAAUGCGCCUCGAGGUUCUAUACCUGGACAGAAUGCGCUGGCUUCGUAUCAGGAAGCAGCCGAUGCCUGCAUAAAGAAGGUCAGCAAGAUAGCAAAAGAAAGUAGAAGGUUGAACCAGAAGUACCGCGACCCGCACUUCGACAUUGAAGCCGACUUCAAGCGAUCACAGCAAAACCCAGAAAUACCACCAGACUGCCUUACAGCGCUCACAGAGGAUACGACCACUUUUCAGCCCAUGUCUGUCAAGAGAAUCGAGGACAUCUUCGACCGACCACAAUUCUUCAUAGAGGGCGCGACCGCGAACGAUGUCAGACAAGGAAAUGAUGGCGACUGCUGGUUCAUGUCGGCGCUGGCCACCAUAAGCAACAAAGAGGAGUUGAUCCAGAGGGUCUGCGUUGCGCGCGACGAGCAGGUUGGCGUAUACGGAUUCGUGUUCCAUAGAGAUGGAGAGUGGAUCUCGGAAGUCAUCGACGACAAGCUAUACCUGAUCAAGGAGGACUUCGAUGAAGCCACGCUUGGCCGACACCAAUGGUUGGAGCUACAGAACCGGAAGAGCCCCGAGGACGAAUAUCGCACGGCGAUGCAGACUGGCUCUCGGGCCUUGUACUUCGCACAGUGCAGCGACCCCAAUGAGACGUGGUUGCCACUGCUCGAGAAAGCGUAUGCCAAGGCGCACGGGGACUAUUCCGCCAUUGAUGGAGGCUUUGUAGGUGAGGGUAUCGAAGAUCUCACCGGCGGUGUCACAUCAGAAGUGUUCGCCACGGACAUCCUCGACAAGGAUAAGUUCUGGCGCGAAGAGUUGCUCAAUGUCAACAAGACAUUCCUCUUCGGAUGCGGCCAAAUGGGCGGCAUAUAUGGUCAAAGGCAAGGUAUCCAAGAGAAGCAUGCAUACUCCAUCAUGGAGGCCCGCGAGAUUGACGGGCAGCGGCUUCUCAAACUUCGCAAUCCUUGGGGUCGGACCGAGUGGACUGGACGUUGGAGCGACGGUUCCGAAGAGUGGACGCCUGACUGGAUGCAGAAGCUCAACCACAGAUUCGGUGACGACGGUGUUUUCUGGAUCUCCUAUCAAGACCUUCUGCGACAUUACCAGCACUUCGACCGAACGCGAUUGUUCGGACCAGAGUGGACUGUCUCGCAGCAGUGGACGAGCGUCAAUGUCCCUUGGUCGGUCGAUUACCUAGACACGAAGUUCAAAAUUCAUCUCUCGAAGCCCAGUCCUGUCGUUAUCGUGCUAAGCCAGUUGGACGAUCGUUACUUCGAGGGCCUCCAGGGGCAGUACGAGUUUAACUUGCAGUUCCGUCUUCACAAAGACGACGAAGAGGACUAUAUCGUCCGCAGUAAUACUGCCUACUUCAUGAAGCGCUCCGUCUCGAUGGAGUUGGAUCUUGAAGCGGGCAACUACACUGUUCUGUUGAAGGUCAAGGCCACGCGGCUUGAUGACCCAACACCCGAGGAGAUUGUCCGCUUGAAUUGCAACAAGCGACGUGAGAAGCUUCUCUCUAUCGGUCUGUCUUACGAUCUUGCACAUGCCAAGGGACAUUUCCGAGAGCAAGAGAAAGAAAAGCUCGAACGUGAGCGCGAGCAGAAGCUUGAGCGCAAGAAGGCGCAGAUGAAGCAAUCCUACGAGCAGCGCCAAAAGCUACAGAGAAAGGCUAAACUACGGCAGCAGAAGAAGGCCGCGAAGCAGUCGCACAAGAGGCCAAAGGCUAGCGACAUCAGAGAAGUCGAGAAAAAGCUCGAAGACCUCACAGGACUAGGUAUUAACGUUGAUGAUGAAGGCCGUCCUUCCGACGCUGAACCUGAGAUCAAGCCAAUGCAUCCGAAUGUGUCACGUCACACACGAGCUGCCAGCACUGGCGGUGUCGAUAUGGCUCGUAAACGAUCUUCGAGCCCGAACGGCGGAUAUGGCGGCCGAGGUGGCUAUAACCGUGGUCGCGACGGGUACAAUGCAGCUCUGCCUGGAGCUUUGCAAGGUCGCGGAGGCUACAACCGCGAUGCUGGUCAAGGAUCAAGCAUGGCUGAGGCUCUAGCGCAGUCCACGCAGACUAUCACGACUCAGCGUUCAUCAAGCCCCAGUCGUGGCUAUGGUGGCCGCGGCGGAUACAAUCAAAACGCUGGCUUCGAAGGUAGAGGUGGGUACAAUGCGAACGCUGCUGGCUUCGAAGGUCGCGGCGGGUACAACGCAGACGCAUACCAGGGACGUGAUGGCUACAACGGCCGCGACGGAUACAAUGGACGCGACGGCUAUAAUGGCCGAGAUGGCUACAACGGGCGAGACGGCUACAACGAGGGCGGUCAAACCGACUCACCCAUCCCCACUCCCCUUUCAGACGAGUUCCAUCCUGGAUCGCCUUCUCAUCGACCCUAUAGCCCUCGCCCCGAUCGUCGACCUACCCAGCCUUCUCCCGCCGCAUCGCGCCGAGCAACUCUCUCACCCAUCCCUGGCAUUCGUCCCGGUAUCUCAGUCCCCCGUAGCCGGGUCGCAAGCGUAGCCUCCCAUCGCGCCCGCCACGGCGUAUACUCCCCGUCCGAGAUGUCCGACUACUCCUCCUGGGACUCGGAGCUCGACGGCCCCGACUCAUGCGACUCCGACUUCGACCCCUCGGAUGAAGAAAUGCAGCCGCGCUUCUACGAGCAACCGCGCUACCGCGGCCGCUACGUCUACGAGGACGAAGAAGACGAGUUCGAGCGCGACCCCUGGAACGCCGUCUGCAUCCUCGGUCUGCGCGUCUUCUCUCAGGACACGGACGUCACUAUCGAAGUGCACAAUGGUGAAGGCGAGCGCAAGAAGAGCGGUGGCGAUGGGGAUGAUCGCUCGUCGAUUAUCAGCGUGAGGCGCAAGGAGAAGGAGCUUGAUGUGGAUGAUAGCGCGGCGGAUGCGACGAGUCCGUUGAGGACGAGGGGGAACUUGGAUAGUGCGCUUGCGGGGAGGGUGCAGCUUGUUGGGGGUGCGCCGGCGGGGAAGGAGAGGGAUAGGCAGGGGACGGUGUCGUGA